AUGGUCAAUCUUACGUUGACGUAUAUACUUUGGGGGUUUGGCGGACUGCUGGGGCUGCACCAUCUAUACCUAGGCCGACCCCGGCAGGCUUUUAUCUGGCUGGUCACGUGGGGCGGGAUGGGCAUCGGCUGGUUGUCAGAAGUAACGAGAAUCAAGGAUUACGUUGACGAGGCUAACAAUAACCGGAAGUUCCGGGAGUACAUGCGCGUGGUGAAGACACAUUCUCCCCGUCCUGGAUUCAGCCCUGUACUGCUGGGGAGUCAGCUUAUGAUUGGCCACCAACUUGGUAAACUUCUCAUCAACGCCCCUCCUGAGUACUACACGGUAGAAGCCUGGUAUGGGCCCAUCCUGUCACACCUGUUAGCCGCCCUUGGGGCCUCAAUCGGUGUGUAUUUGGCUUCUAACAUUGGGCCACAGAAGGCUCCGUUCUUCAUUCCGUUUCUUGCGUCGGCAGCAACCGUGCCGACACAGUAUUUGCUUCUCAACCGUCGGAAUAUCUACAUUAUCGUCUGCGUCAUUGUUGCCUCGUUUAUAACGCUACCGGAAGCCUUGUCCAACUUCCUGCGCACGCAGCCGUGGGACGACGCUCGUACAGCUGCGGAAGACAUGAUCCCAUGUUUGCGCCUAUACGGCCUAGACGCUUGUCAAAACCGGCUGCUGAGUACAUUGGCGGAGAUAUCAGACCCCGGGAGGGACGCAUGGGCGUUCAUGGUGCUAGGCUUCGACAAAUACCCAUCACAGAAACAGAUAAACUCGCAUUGCCGUAAAAUGGCAAGCAAAUGGCAUCCCGACAGAUUUGCUAAGAAAAAUGAAACCGUACAAAAAGAAGCAGAACAAAAGUUUCUUGAUAUUCAAAAGGCUUGUGGUAUGCUAAACAAAGCUAAACAGCAAAGAGAGCGUAUCAAUACUUGGACGUCGUCUGAACCAGCUGAUGGGACUGUUUACACAGGUUCUGAUGACGUAGACACACAAACUAGUGACGAAGAUGGAAAUAACCAUGGUGAUAAUGAAGAAUUUGAUGACGAUGGUGAUGAUUACCAUGGAGACUACGCCGAUAAUGAUGACGAUGAUACACAUAAUGAUGAGAAUGAUGAAGAAGAGGAGGAAACUGAUAAUUUAGAAGAACAAAGCUAUUGUGACAAAGAGAAUGACUCAUGUUAG